AUGGAGUAAUUACUUUAAGUCUAAAAUCCAUAGCUCUCUCAACUAUAAAUGACUUUCUAGGGAGGCCUACCCUCUUAAAUAGAAAGUGACUUAGGAACUUAAAAUUUGCUACCAUUGCCAGGUGGAAGCUAAGUGCCCGAUUCAGCAGUCACUAAUGGAAACUUAACUUAAUUACUAGAGACUUUUGUUUAAUAAUAAUAAUUACCCCCUCAUUAGCCAGUACCAGACGAUGAAUUUAGAGUAAUUACAACUGAAUCGCCAGAAUAUAAGGCAUUUAUUAAGAAACUCAAAGAAAAUAAUGAGUCAAAGCAAAAACUCUCUGUUUGCUUAAUAUGCUGGGGCUUCAUAACAUUCUAUCAAAGAAGGAUACACGUAUAGCACUCGCAUUAUACAGUCACUCCAAUGUAUUUCAAGGAUGAAAAAUCAUUUAUUAACCUAGCUAAAAGAUAUGAUAAGUACUUAGAGUAACCAGAUGGAAAAAUUAUUGUAGGAAUAUUUGCAGAGUAAUGCUAAAAUAUCAAUUAGUCAUUUACAGCUGGUCCAUCAAGAGGAUUUGGAUUUGGAUAGUCAAACGAAUCAUAAAUUAAAAGACUAAAUACUAUAAUUACAGCCCUCUAUGAGGAAUGCAAAGUUAAGGAGUAGAGGAUUACUGAUUUAGAAGAGUAAAUGGUAUAAAUGCAAUAACUGGUAUGUGGAUAACCUCAAACAGCUUAUGGAGCAUUUGCUGUCAAACCUCCUAAAGUUUAAAAUAGAAUCAAUAUUAGUACUUAAGAACAUUCAAAAGGCAAAGGAGAUAUAGGAAGCAGUACUUAAAGCAAUCUAGCCCAUUUACUGGAUAAAGAUCAUGUAAAUUGA